UCGCAGCCCGCGGUGUAAACAGUCAAGUGUCAAGUGGUGCGUGGGUCAGGCGCAUGCCAACACCUCCGGGGCUCUCUUAAUGAAAUGAGUGAAGAGUGGUAGUGUUGGUGUAGUUCAGUGAUGGAGAUGGAGGAGACCAUAGUGGGGGAGUGGCUCAGGUCGCUCCACAUGGAGCAGUACACAGAUUCCUUCAUCGACAACGGCUACGAUGACCUAGAGAUAUGCAAACAGAUCGGCGCUCCGGACCUGGACGCCAUCGGUGUGGUGAACCCAGGUCACAGAUCUGCUCUGCUGGGCGCUGUCAUGCUGUUGCGGGAGGAGGGAGCCGCCUCUGUGUACUUCACAGUGGAGGAAGCCCAGAUGGCAGCCAGGGAUCACACAACCCUUCGCGGUUCCCGAGGUUCCCGAGGAAGAUCGUCCCGUUCCUCCCGCGGGUCCCGAGGCUCAGGCUCCACAGCCUCCACUCCGGGAGAACCGCCGCCCUCCCUGCAGCUGCCCAUGGCCUCCAGCACGACGCCCGCGAGGUAUCUAGACGCUUAUGAGGCUGGGCGUGCCGAACUGGUGAGGCUGCCCCACACCCAGCUCCGAGGCCUCCUGAAGGAGAGGUUGGUGCAGGACGCAGUGGAUCUUGCAACACAUCCCUACACAACACAGGUAUGGCCUGCAACUAUCCGCAGCAGCCUUUAA